AUGGCUACAAUUAAUUUUAACAUUCAUUACAUAACAUAUUUCGGACAAGACUUAUAUGUUUGUUUCAAUGACAGUGAAUGCGUUCCAAUGAAUUGGACAAAUGGACAUAUGUGGGUUGGCAAAAAAACUAUCAAUGGACCAACUCAUCUUGAAUGGUAUUAUCUUGUAAAGGUUCAUAAUAAAAUACAGAGAAUAGAAGAAGUUCAUGGACUUCGUGAAUAUAAUUUUAAUGGAAAUAGUGCUUCUGUUAGAGAUUGGUGGUAUUAUCCAGAAUUAACUUAUGUUACUGAUACUUCAGAUGAACAAGGAGUUAUUAAUAAACAAGGGUUAGAUGAAAAAACACUUAAAGCAAAGAAAGAAGCCGAAGAGAAAGCAAAGAAAGAAGCCGAAGAGAAAGCAAAGAAAGAAGCCGAAGAGAAAGCAAAGAAAGAAGCCGAAGAGAAAGCAAAGAAAGAAGCCGAAGAGAAAGCAAAGAAAGAAGCAGAAGAGAAAGCAAAGAAAGAAGCAGAAGAGAAAGCAAAGAAAGAAGCAGAAGAGAAAGCAAAGAAAGAAGCAGAAGAGAAAGCUAGAAAAGAAAAGUCUGAGAAAGAAAAACAAGAACGGUUAAAACAACUUCCAAGCUUAGAUGAAAGUGUUGGAUUUUAUCCAGUUCAAAGAAGCAAGGGAAGUCCAUCAUCAUCAGAUAGGUCAUCAGAACGGUCAUCAGAAAGAAAUGAAAGUAAUAGAUUAAAACGUUCUUCUCAAAUUCAGGAGCAAAUAAGAAAAUACGAAGAGCUUGCAAAAAGUUCACAAGAAGAUGCUCAAAAGAGUAUAAGACAUACGUCUUCUUCAAAAAGAGUAUCAAAAACUUUUGGUAAAUAA